AUGGUGCGAGACAAGCGUACCGCUACGAGAGCGGUGAAGGUCGAAGAAACUGGUGGCGCUCUCGAAACGCAAGAAGCGCUUCUGGGCUUGUACGGCAUGUACUCUAAGUCGCCUUGGAGACAGCCUAAGGGAUUCGUCUUGUCUGCUUAUGCGGGUGCUCUAUACUCACUCGGAGAGGAGAUAGAGUUGAAUCCUUUCGACAUCGAUGCUUGGAACUUGAUUCUGAGGGAGUCACAGGCUCGUCCAAUUGAUCAGGCGCGAAACUUCUACGAAAAGCUGGUCACGCAGUUCCCAAACGCUGGACGUUAUUGGAAGGCUUACAUAGAACACGAGCUUCGUGGGAAGAACUUCGAGAAUGUCGAGAACUUGUUCAAUAGAUGUUUGGUAAAAGUUCUGAAUAUCGACCUCUGGAAAUGCUAUGUGUUCUAUGUGCGAGAGACCAAGGGCCAUUUAAGCUCAUUUAGGGAGAAGAUGGCUAAAGCGUAUGAUUUCGCGCUUGACAAGGUUGGGCUGGAUAUGAACUCGUACUCAAUAUAUUCGGACUAUAUAUCCUUCUUGAAAACCGUGCCAGCCAUAGGUCAGUAUGCCGAAAAUCAACGCAUAUCAGCUGUACGAAAAAUCUAUCAGCGAGGUAUUUCUACACCGAUGGUCAAUAUAGAGUCGUUAUGGACGGAUUAUUGUGCCUAUGAGAAGAAUAUCAACCCAACCCUUGCCGAAAAGCUCAUUUCUGAGCGCAAUAAGGAAUAUCAGGUGUCUAAGAAAAUAGCCAAACAACUGGAGACAGUCACUCGAGGAGUGAAUAGGCAAGCUGUAUCUGUACCACCACGAGGUACUGCUCCGGAAAUGAAGCAGGUAGAAAUGUGGAAGAAAUAUAUCCAGUGGGAAAAGAGUAAUCCAAUGGAGACAGAGGAAUAUGGGCAAUUUGCGAAACGUGUAGUAUAUGCUUAUGAGCAAUCGUUGUUGUGCUUGGGAUACUAUCCCGAUAUGUGGUAUGAAGCAGCACUGUUCCUACAGCAAGCAGGGAAACAGCUUGAAGAGAAAGGCGAUGUUAAACUUGCUCAACAAAUGACUGCGGAGGCAAUGCUAGUAUAUGCUUAUGAGCAAUCGUUGUUGUGCUUGGGAUACUAUCCUGAUAUGUGGUAUGAAGCAGCACUGUUCCUACAGCAAGCAGGGAAACAGCUUGAAGAGAAAGGCGAUGUUAAACUUGCUCAACAAAUGACUGCGGAGGCAAUGCAACUUUUUGAUCGGGCAAUAUCCGGCCUUAUGAAACACUCACAGUUGCUCUAUUUCGCAUAUGCAGACUUUGAAGAGGAGAGGAUGAAGUUCGAUAAUGUUAAGAAGAUCUACGAUAACCUCCUUGCAAUAGAUCAUAUCGAUCCUACUCUUACCUAUAUCCAAUUGAUGAAAUUCACACGUCGAACAGAAGGAGUUCGAGCAGCUCGUGCAGUGUUCAAAAGAGCUCGAGAGGAUAGCCGCUGUCGUCAUCAUGUGUUUAUAGCUGCUGCACUCAUGGAGUUUUAUUGCAGCAAGGACAAGGAUGUGGCUAUGCGUGUGUUCGAUCUUGGUUUGAAGAAGUACGGUGAUGAGCCUGAAUAUGCGUGUGCCUACAAGACAACAAUACACGAGUUGUAUUUCGAACGAAUUCUCACCUCUGACACCCUUCCACAGGAGAAGUCGUCUGACAUUUGGGAUCGCUAUCUGGAAUUCGAGUCCCUUGUUGGAGACUUGGCAAGCACCCUCAAGGUUGACGAAAGGCGCAAGGAAGCUGUGACAGGUGGAAAGGAUGAAGGAACGACGUUGAUGUUGAUAGACAGGUACCGAUUCCUCAACCUUGUGCCCUGUACGCUGGAUCAGCUCAAACUCAUGGGUUAUAACAAAUCAAAUACCGGUAUGCUUGGCGGCAUGACGGGUGUAUCUACUGGAUCGUUGAUGGCACCACAGCGAAAUUUAGCUGCACCACAGGCUGCCAGUGUGGUGAUGGGUGGGAUACCGAGUGUUCAGCUGGAAAUUGGAGGAUACCCUCGUCCUGAUAUUGACCAGAUGAUCCCAUUCAAGCCGAAAGCGAACAGUGCGGCAUCAUUUCACCCUGUUCCUGGGGGGGUAUUUCCUCCACCGCCUGCUAUAGCAGAGCUCAUUUCAUUGCUGCCACCGCCAUGGACUUUCCAGGGACCUUUCGUAUCAGUGGAUUUGUUCAUUGAGCACAUCAACAAAAUGCCUUUGACUACUGGCCCUGUGCUGGACAAAAAAGUGAAGGUUGAAAAUGGUACCAUGGUUGGUCCGUUGAGAGUUGAUGAUGUACGAAAAGACAUGUAUCAGCUGCUUGCAACAACUCCUGAUCCUCGUUUUGUGUCGACGCAUCUCAUGGACUAUCCCCCAAGCACGACUAGUUCUUCUGUUGGUGGUAAAAGAAAACGUGGCGAGUCUGGUAGUGAUGACGAAUCAAGGGGAGUUCCUACAGACAUCUUCAAACGACGUAUGGAUAUGAAAGCUGCACAGCAUUAA